AUGGAAGCCACCAAGACUGAUAAGGUGAAGAAAUUAACUGAGGAAGUUAUAUACUGGAAUGAGAUGGAGGAAAAUAUGAUGAUGCAAAGAACUGAAAUUGAUUGGAUUAGGUUAGGAGAUGGUAAUAAUGCCUUCUUCCAUGCCUACCUGAAAACUAAACAAAAUUCUAAGAGAAUGAAUGUGAUUCAGAAAGCAGAUGGUACUAUCCUCACAUCUCAAAAGGAUGUUGCUCAAGAGGUAAUUGAUUUUUAUGGCAAGCUCAUGGGACAAGACAGUGGCAAUCUUCAGCAUAUUGACAUUGAAGCUUUAAGAAGUGGUAGCCAACUCACCAUGGAUCAAAGAUAA